CUCGAAAUCAAGUCACAUCGUCCCAGAAGGAAAUGUUGCAUGCUUGCUAUCACCCGAGAGACCGAUUCUUCCAGCAAGUGGUAGCCAGUCUGCCAUCGGAUUAAGGAGACCGACCCAGCACGGCGCUGCAACACUACUAUCUCAUACUCGAAAUACUACGUUAUUUCUCUUCUCUCUAGCUCUCACGACGUUUUGCAAACUUUAACCUUGGCUCGUGGGUCUUCGUCUGCUAUCUGCACGUCUCUGUCUCCCUUUCUCCUAGGAUAUCGUGACAUAUCGCGGCGUUUCAUGGAAUAUUGGCAAAAGUUCUCGUUUCAAUAAGCUUAUAUCUGAUAUCUCACUCAUCGUCAGAAAGCGUGUCAGCAGCAUCAUCAUCAUCAUCCGGUCAUGGUCGUUUUCGUCCGCUGAAGUCCAUUCCUUAGUUCGCGUUCCUGCUUCCCUAGUUGACAUCCUAAAUCGGUUGGCCUCCAGAGUCCGUUUUCAUCAUGUCAGAUUCACGACCGAAUGGAGACGGUUCUGAUAAGGCCAAGGCUCCCCUGCGUCGGGAACGAGCUCCAACCAUCACCAUCGACACAUCUGCUGUUAACUCUGCUCCGGACUCCUCUCAACCUCCAGUCCAGGUUUUCCCUACGCCACCGCGGCCUUCAUUGAGUGUGCUCACGGACACUGCUGAAGCAACAGAUAGUAGCACGCUGUUGAACAGUAGUAACAAUGCUUCUCCGCCGACCUCGCCUCACAAUGUGUCAUCGCCUACCUCGAAACAGCCGGAAUCUCACUCGAAUUUCCUCUCCGUUCCCCAGACACGAUCUCGCGGAAAUUCCUUAGAGUCGGAGUCCUCCACUCACAGCGGCAGUAGCUAUGAGGGAGACACGUACGUUCCUACUUCGUCUCAUAACUCCAGUCCCUCCACGGAUACGGGCAAGAAGAACUCCUCCUCUGCCCUCACCAAUGUCAUUAGCGACGAGGAUGCCCUCAAGCCGGAUCCAGGGAGGGAAGAGGAUUUCCAGGUCGAAAAUAACAAGUUCGCCUUCUCGCCCGGUCAGCUGAACAAACUCUUGGAUCCGAAGAGUCUGGGUGCAUUCCACGCACUGGGCGGUUUACGCGGGUUAGAGAAGGGGCUGAGGACUGACGUACAUUCUGGUCUUAGCCUUGACGAGGGCCCCUUGGAUGGUGCUAUAACCUUUGAAGAUGCUAUCUCUCCAAGUCAUCCCCAAUCACUCCCCAAAGGUGUUUCUGAAGACCUGCCACCGUCUGGCCCUUCUGGAUCCUCCAGUCAGCACGAUGGUGCUUUUGCUGACCGUAAACGAGUCUUUGGAAUCAAUAAGCUUCCCGAGAAGAAAAUCAAGACUAUCUGGGAGUUGGCAUGGAUUGCGUACAAUGAUAAGGUUCUGAUCCUGCUUACCAUCGCAGCAAUUAUAUCCCUUGCUUUGGGUAUCUACCAAUCCGUCUCCGCGACAGACGGCGAGGCCCGUGUUCAGUGGGUCGAAGGUGUCGCCAUUAUUGUGGCCAUCCUAAUCGUUGUGGUUGUGGGAGCCGCGAACGAUUGGCAGAAGGAACGCCAAUUUGUGAAGCUGAACAAGAAGAAGGAAGACCGCCUAGUGAAAGUAAUCCGAUCCGGGAGGACAGAAGAAAUCUCCAUCUUUGACGUUCUUGUAGGAGAUGUUAUGCAUCUCGAGCCUGGAGACAUGGUUCCUGUCGACGGUAUCUUCAUUAAGGGGCACAACGUCAAGUGCGACGAAUCCUCCGCCACCGGCGAAUCGGACGUAUUGCGCAAGACUCCUGCUGAGGAAGUGUACCGGGCCAUAGAGCAGCAUGAGGAUCUCUCCAAGAAAGAUCCAUUUAUUAUUUCAGGUGCCAAAGUUUCCGAGGGGGUCGGAACGUUUCUCGUCACUGCCGUCGGCAUGCACUCAAGUUACGGGAAAACAAUGAUGUCGUUGCAUGACGAGGGCCAAACCACGCCGCUGCAGUUCAAGUUGAACAUACUUGCGGAAUACAUCGCCAAGCUUGGUCUCGCUUCCGGCCUGUUGCUGUUUGUGGUGCUCUUCAUUAAAUUCCUUGCGACCCUGCAUGACAAACACGGCUCAUCCGAGAAGGGUCAAGCUUUCCUCCAGAUUUUUAUCGUCUCUGUCACUAUCAUUGUGGUGGCUGUCCCAGAGGGAUUGCCAUUAGCUGUGACGCUGGCGCUUGCCUUCGCGACCACGAGAAUGCUCAAGGAUAAUAACCUUGUGCGACUCUUACGCGCUUGUGAGACUAUGGGUAACGCCACGACCAUCUGUUCAGACAAGACGGGCACACUUACAGAGAAUAAGAUGACUGCUGUCGCGGGUGCGCUUGGUGUGGCGACCAGGUUCGGAGAUAAGUCAAAUACUGCGACUCAGAACGGCGUCGGAACUGAAAACAAUACGGAUUCCAGCACCGGUGGUGCUUCUCCGGCAGACUUCGCGGCUCGCAUUUCACCAUCUGUCAAGGAGCUAUUACUUCAGUCCAUCGUUCUGAAUUCCACCGCGUUUGAAGGAGAGCAGGAAGGGGUGUUCACGUUCAUCGGGUCUAAGACGGAAACCGCCCUGCUUUCCUUUGCUCGGAAUUACCUCGGUAUGGGAUCUGUCAGUGAGGCAAGGUCCAAUGCCAGGGUCGCACAGAUGGUCCCAUUCGAUUCUGGCCGAAAAUGCAUGGCUGUCGUUAUCAAACUGGACAAUGGCAAAUAUCGGAUGCUAGUCAAGGGAGCCUCAGAAAUUCUGCUAGGCAAAUGUACCCGAAUCAUAAAUGACGCUACGAAAGAACUGGCUGAUUUACCCCUAUCGGAAAAGGAACGUUCGACUCUUGAAAACCUCACAAAUACUUAUGCCACGCGCUCAUUAAGAACAAUCGGUCUCGUGUAUCGGGACUUUGAUCAAUGGCCUCCUCGCGGAGCACCUACGCAAGAAGAUGAUCGCUCUGUGGUGGUUUUCGAUGCAAUAUUCAAGGACAUGGUAUCACUUGGAAUUGUUGGAAUUCAGGAUCCCCUACGUGAAGGCGUGGCCGAUGCGGUACAUCAGUGUCAACGAGCAGGCGUUUUUGUGCGCAUGGUGACUGGAGACAACAUCAAUACCGCAAAGGCUAUUGCACAGGAAUGUGGAAUCUUCACUCCUGGGGGUAUUGCCAUCGAGGGACCGAAGUUCCGGCGGUUGAGUCCUCAACAGAUGAACCAGAUCAUCCCAAGAUUGCAAGUUGUAGCACGAUCCAGUCCCGACGAUAAGAAAAUUCUUGUCUCACAACUGAGAAAACUGGGAGAGACGGUUGCUGUUACUGGCGACGGAACCAACGACGCACAAGCUCUGAAGACAGCUGACGUUGGAUUCUCCAUGGGUAUAACGGGAACAGAAGUGGCAAAGGAAGCUUCAGAUAUCAUUCUGAUGGAUGAUAACUUUACUUCCAUUGUCAAGGCAAUGGCCUGGGGAAGGACUGUGAAUGAUGCUGUUAAGAAGUUUCUCCAGUUCCAAAUCACUGUCAACAUUACUGCAGUUAUUCUUACUUUCGUCUCUGCAGUUGCGAGCGGCGAUGAGAACUCAGUUCUUACCGCCGUGCAGCUUCUGUGGGUCAACCUGAUCAUGGACACAUUUGCUGCGCUUGCGUUAGCAACCGAUACUCCUACUCACACCGUCCUCGAUCGAAGACCCGAGCCAAAGUCGGCUCCUCUUAUCACCUUGACCAUGUGGAAAAUGAUCAUUGGCCAGUGUAUUUAUCAAUUGGUCGUGACAUUCGUCUUGAACUUUGCCGGAAUGAGCAUCUUCCACUAUAAAACCGACAGGAUACUUCGGACUGUUGUGUUUAACACUUUUGUUUGGAUGCAGAUUUUCAAUCAGUACAACUGCCGCCGUAUCGACAAUGGUCUCAAUAUUUUUGAGGGAAUGCUUAAAAACAGGUAUUUCCUCGGCAUUCAGUGUAUCAUAGUCGGUGGACAGAUCUUGAUCAUCUUCGUCGGAGGGCAAGCCUUUUCGGUGACUCGUCUGAAUGGAGCGCAGUGGGCAGUUGGACUUGUUCUUGGAGUGAUUUCGAUCCCCGUGGCUAUCGUUAUUCGUUUGGUUCCAGACGAAUUUAUUCGAAAACUCAUCCCGACGUUCUGGAACCGGAAGAAGGGCCCAGAGCUUAUUGUUUCCGACGAGGAUACGAAGUACCUGUGGAACCCUGCGUUGGAAGAGAUUCGGGAUCAGUUGACCUUUAUCAAGACGGUACGAGGUGGUAGACUGAGGCAUUUGAAGCACAAACUUCAGCACCCGCAGGAAUUCCUGCCCCGAUCACGCAGCGGCUCUCGGUCGCGUGACAACUCUGUUCCUGCUACUCCUGUUGGCGAUGAUUCUGCAGGAAGCUCUCAGCCUCCUCCAUCGCCAGACUCACGGUCGAGAGAAUCGCGAUCAAGGCGGCGCACGCACUCGCGCUCAAGUUCGGCAUUUGGACCUGCAGCAGCCAUGGCUGGUGUUGUGGCUGGAAGUAUAGCCGGAUGGUCGCCUAUUGAACGGCAACAUGGAGAAACGGAUUCGAUCAGGUUCGCCGGGAAUGGCCCCCAUGGUGGACUCGACAACCAAGAGGGUAUUGAGGUACACCCCGACACAGCUCCUGAUGAUAAGGUUAUUGGGGAUUAUUCGGCAUCCUCGAAAGUCCCCCCCAGCCAGAAUCCCGAUCUUAUUCCAUUCUUCGAGCAUGCACCACCUGACCUCACGCCCUCAAAUAAUUCAAGGAGAUCGUUGUCGCGGCGGUCUAGGUCAAGCCAUCAGAGUCAGACAUAGUGGUUGCUGACCAAGCCUUGUUCAAGAUACGUUUCUGAAUAUUAUUCAACAUCUAAUCAGCAAUUAUCACCAUUUACGAACCAACGGAUAUACGCGUUAGAUGCUCACGGAAAAGCCUUUUUUUUAACAACACCCCCUCGGCAUGGCGCCCAGCGUUUCCUACCCACUGGUGUUUCUGCCUCCCGUUUUAUUUGUCUGAAUUAUAUCCAUCCUUUGUUUGGGAAAUUAGCCAUGCUUUUGGUGGUAUGCUUAAUAGGGCGUAGAGGAUUUUUGACCAUUUGUUUUGCCUUAUUUUAAGUGGAGGGGAAGGAAACAAGUGCACUUCAUUGUUCUAGUUUCACAUGGAAGCAUUUGUCUUCAUUGUAUAUUUUGGGUGGCUAGAGAUUGAGAGGAACAGGCCGGCGCGAAGAAUGGCGAGCUUUCUCCUUUGUAAAAAUUUCUGGCCCAAAACUCAGAUUCUGCAAACUUAUUACCCCUAGCCUAUACCUAACUUACAUUGAAAUGAGACAAGAUUUGGAGUUCAGAUCUCAUAACGUAUUUCCCGGUCGAGCG